AUGAAAUUAAAUUUUUUAUUAUUUAUCAAUAUUUUCGAUAUUUUUCUCUUAAUUCAUGGUAAUGGACCAUUUUAUUUUGGUAUUAUUAAUCAUAAUACACAAUGGCAUUUUCAUUGUCCACAAAAUCAUACAAAAAUAUUAAAUCCACCAUUAAAUGAACAACCAUUAAUAUCCUAUGAAUGUCCGCAUCCAUCAUCAACAAUGGAAAUUUUACCAUUAGAAAUUGAUUUUACAUUUUUAUGUCGUUUACAGUCACGUUUAAUAUGGAUUAUAAUUGAUCUAUAUCAAUAUAAUACAUUUCUAUGGUUAAUUAAUCGAAAUGAUAUUGAUAUAAAAAUAGAAUUAAAUAAUCAACUUGGAAUAAAUAAUUCGAAAAUUGAAUCAAAAAAUUAUACAAAUCGUUUAAUUUUAAUCGAUGCAUUUUAUAUUCCAUUUGAAUCCAUAGAUAUAUUAUUAAAUAAAAAAAUUGAAAUCAAUAUUCAAAUCAAAAAUUUAAAUCAACUAAAUCAAUGUCAAUUUUUUAUUAAAGAUAAUUAUUUAUGGAAAACAUUUAUGAACAAUCAUUGUGAUGCAAUUCACUCGAAAACACUUUUUAUUCAAUAUGCUAAAUGUGAUUUCUAUUUAAAUAAACUAAUAUCUAUCGAUACAAAUAUUCAUGAAAAGCAUACUUUUCAAACAAUUACAAGUAGUCAGAUACUUGAUUUUAAUGUUAAUUUAUCUGUUGAUACAGAAAAAUUAACAACAACAACAACAACAACAACAACAACAACAAUAACAACAACAACAACAAUAACAACAACAACAACAACAACGACAACUAUUCAACUUUAUAAUAUUGAACAAAAUACAAGUUUUAUUUCAACAAUAAAUUCAAUGCUUUAUAAUAAUUAUUAUUUAUUAAUAGAAGAAAAUUAUCGCCAAAUUUUAAACUUAUUAACUCGUUCAACAAUAAAUUCAACAUUAUUAAAAUUCGCAUGUAUUAUUUUAAUAAUUAUUCUUAUUCUAUUAAUUAUAUUUUUUCUCUAUAUGUCUUAUUAUCAUUAUCAUCUUCGACUAAAAUCAUCAUCAGCUAGAAGACCUUCAUCAUUAAUAUAA